AUGGCUAACAAUGAGGAUCAUCGUCCUCCUCCUCGUGGGAAUGAAUGGGAAGUCGUGUCGCUAACUUCAUCAGCCUACGCUGCAGCUCCUGGUCCGUAUAACGUUGAAUCAAGAGAUGCUCGGAAGUACGAUGCUUACUACGGAGGAGCAGAGACUUCACGUGAUUUGUUCAUGUCUGACCAUUUUGUAUUCCCACCUAGCGAGCAUGAGAAUCUACCCAUUGAUGAACCCUUACUUGAAGAAGAGCAACAAAGAAAAGAUGGCGAAGUUGUGAUGCUUCAAGGUCAGGGAUUGUCUGAUAAGUUAAUAAGAAGCACUCGGUUUCAGGAUGAACAGAGUAUCUAUGGUGAAUCAGCCGUGUAUGAUGAUGAUACUAUGCCAAAUGAGUAUGCAGAGGGGGACUUGGAGGAUCUCCGUUCUGAUACAGCUACAAACCCACUUAGACUUGAGAAGGACGCUAAGAAACCAACACAGAACCUUCCCUGUGAAGCUUGGUGGAGAAGGAGAGCUGUUUCUAUGUAUUCACGCACAAGAGAAGCGAAUGCGAUUUGGUCCUUAUUCUUUGCAGCUGCUGUCACAGGACUCGUCGUUCUUGGUCAACGCUGGCAACAAGAAAGAUGGCAGGUUCUGCAACUCAAGUGGCAAUCAAGCAUCAGCAGCGAGAAGUUGAGCAGACUACUUGAACCUCUCUCACGCUUGAAAGACGUGAUUGUGAGAAGUAACCCACAAGCUUCUCUCGUAAGAAGUGGCUCCUCCAGUGAGGUCUAG